UUUAGAAAGCGCUUAUGGAGCAGGGUAAGACUGGGUACUGUAGUCCUGAGGAAAGUGCGUCAGUGCUGAAAUAAGCUCAAACAAAUAUGCAUUUGAACAGCACCACUGCUGCCAUAUCAGUAUGGCUUUUAUGCGCUGUUUUCGCAGUAACCGAGUCAGAGAAGUGUGAAGUGUGUGUGGGAUUUUUAGAGCGUCUCUACAGGUCCUUGGUGGCCACUCACAGGGAGCUGUCCUCAGCACUUGUAGAGGAGGAGCUUAUUAAAGCAUGUGCUGAAGCUACAGGGAAGGAGAACCGACUGUGCUAUUACCUCGGAGCCUCCAGUGACUCAGCGGCGAAAGUGACCGGCGAGGUGAGUCGGCCUCUCAGCGCCCAUGUCCCGGUGCAGAAGAUUUGCCAGCGACUCCAGCACAGAGACCAGCAGAUCUGUGAACUCCAAUAUGAGCAUCAGGUGCUGGACUGGAGUCGAGAGGCUCUGUCUAAGAUGCGGGUGCUGGAGCUGAAGCGAGUGUUGGCCUCGUGGGGAGAGGAAUGCCGUGGAUGCCUGGAAAAGACUGAUUUGAUCGAUCUUAUCCAGGAGGUGGCCCCCAAGCACAGACCAGCUCAGCCCGGGACACAUUCAUCUGAACUCUGAGGGCCUCCUGGUGCAGCUCCAUCCUGAGGACAUGAAUUGCAGAUCUGAGAGGUCCUCCUCCUGCAGCUCUGAGCUGAGGACACAGACUUAUACAUGUGGCUCUGUGAUGUCAGUGUUGGGAUUUAGUGGCGUGAUGGAUUCAUUCAGCUGUAGAGCUUAAACAAUAUCUGAAUCAGUUUCAUUAUACUGGAUCUGAGAAAGUGCUGACCGGUUUUGUGACCUGCAUUUUCUUUGUGAAUAAACAGAGGAAGCACUUGAGAGUAUUAUACAGUGCUAGCAGCA